UCAAACGGGGAUAUGUUGAUGUUAUUUUCCUGUUCUUCCUGGUAAACAGAAAAAAUCCUUGAAGAGUAUAUUGGUGGUAGUAAGUUAUUUGUUGACAUAGGAACUAGGAAGAACCUGAUGUGUUCAAGGUCUUUCAUUUUUAUCUAUACAGAGUGUUUUUUUCCAAUAAGUAGGAUGGACCCUAGGGUUAUGAGGUUAUUUUUCUUUUCGUGACCUCGACCUCGUUGUUAUUUUGGUUAUCUAUAGUUUUCUUUCGUUGUCAGUAGGCUACUAUCCUUUUGGUUAAAAUGAUUGUUCUUCAGUCCACAGCAGUAUAUAUUUCGACAUCCUAGAGGUUGACAGUUUAUUUAUACGAAAGAACACCAAGAAGCAAUUACUGAACAUUGCACCCUUAUCUUUUCAAGUGAAUACUUUUCCCUGAAAAUUUCAGUAGAAAAAAAAUCAAUCAUAAAAGCCAUGGCACUGCCGUCUGUAGUACCAGAAGACAACCAACAACCUUUUUUGGAGUUGCAAUGGAAAUUAAAUAAUGUGCCAAUGGAGGCUGUCGUUCUAUCGAAUUUCGUUCAAAUCCGGGGUCACAAAUCAAUUCGCUUGGGUAUUCAAAAUCUAGCAGACCAGCAGCGCUGUACUAUUAAUCUCUUUGCUCAUCGGAUUCGUGAGACUGGUAUUGAAUUGAAGUCAGCUGUUUGUCGCAUCGAUGGAUUCGAAUGGAUCGAAAUGACCCAGCAUGGAUGUCAAUCAACCGUACUCUUCACGGCUAUUCAUACUAAAAACCUAAUCAGCGAUAGUCCCACGACGCUAAUAAUUUUCCGAGUUUUAGUUAAUCCUUCUGUUAGUAAUUACCGAUUUAUAUUAAGAGAUUCCACGUUAAAGAAUCAUCUGUGGUCAGCCGCAACUAAGGAUGGCGGGAAUACGGAUAUGGAUUUUCGAGUUCAAAACAGCAUUUUCCCCGCACACAAAUCGCUCAUCACUGCCCGGAAUGCGGUUCUAGCAGCUGAACUCCAGCGGGCCGGUGAUUUUACAGCAAUCGAAUCCUAUACGACUCGCAGAACUCGAAUCAAUAUUACUGAUUUAAACCCGGAAACUUUCCAAGCGCUGCUCAAGUACAUGUACACGGGCGAGUUCGAGUUCCCAUUGAUGAACGUUGAAGAUUUUUGGAGAGGAGUGGCUACCUAUGAGUUGACAACUCUAACAAGUUUGAGUGAGCUAUCGUUCCAGGAAUCUUUAAAACCGACUGACUUGAUCGAACUGCUCGGAUCGUUGGAAAUGACGUGGAGAGAGAAACCGCUUCCAGUGAGAAGCCCAGACUCUGCUGGGGACGCCACAAUAAGCAACACCGGCUUCGUAGUGCGCAUUACUGGCUCCCUAUCAAACGACUCGGAUUGGAACUUGAAAUUUCAGAAUGAAACUACAUUUGGCUGGCGCCAUUCUACUGGUCCCGCAACAAACGAAAAUGAUCAAACUUCUAACAUUCACAUUUAUUUCUUCAGCAGUCUGAAUUGCAACAGCGAUUUGUUUGUUUACGAUGUGAUACUUCGAAAUCAAAACAAUGCAAUAACCAUGAUUGAACCCCACAAGCAAGACGAAGACUGCACGGUGCAGAUUUUCUAUGCUAAUUUGACCAAUGUGACUCAUGCAAAUGCCAGUGACGAAUCCAUAUAUUUUGAUGUAUUCAUCCGAUCCAGUGUUGAAGCAGUCGCUGUCGAAUUGGUCGACAUCCAGCACAGUGAAGACCUAUGGAAAGCAGCUCAGAAAGCCGAUGGUACAGAUGUUGAGUUUCGAGUAGGAGACGAAAUUUUCUCAGCCCAUCGAUGGUUAGUGGCCUCACGUAGCUCGUCGUUUGCGGCUUUAUUUAGUGACUUAUUAUUAAAAGAAGCGGCUGACUGUGACGUUAGUUUUUCUCCGGAAAAAGAAACAGACAACAUGACCUCGACUAGAACAACAAUCACAAUUGAAAGUAUGGAACCAGCAGUUUUCCGAGAGUUACUGAAGUACAUGUACACAGGAACAAUGGAUGUUGCCGCUAGCAAGCUACUACUAAUAGCUGCUGAAAAAUAUCAAAUUGUAACCUUGGCAAAGAUUUGUAGAGCUGCUGUUGGUGAAAUUGACUAUGAAAAGCUCUCGUUCAAAUUGCUUUCGUACUAAAUUUUUUAUAAAAUCUCGUAUAAUAAUAAUUUUGGUUUAUGGGUUCUUUAGAUUUAGUUGAGGCUAUGGUAAAAUAAA